UUUCACUCUUACAUUUUAUUUUAUCUGUUUUAAAAUAUUUCUUCCUCUAAAAAUGGAUCCAAUCCAUUUCUUCACAUAGAUACAAGAUACUAUACCACCAUCCCCAUUCCAAAGAAUUCCUCUUAAUAUAAUUUCUCUUAAUACUCCGUACAAUUCUUAAAUCCUAAUUCUAUUGAGCACAGCACCAACCCUCACACGUAUACUUCAUCAAGCUAACGCAGCGUCCUAGCCGAUAAAAUUAAUACCCUCAUAAGUCAUAACAAUAAGGAUGUUUUUACUUAGACUGUAAUUUGCUGGUCUGGUCUGGUCUGGUUUCUUUGUAUUUUUAUAACUAUCCAAGUCUGGUCUGGUCUGGUCUGGUCUGGUCUGGGGCAAAUUAGAGUCCAAGUUAUUUACAAAAAAAAUGUUCUAGCAAAAAAGAAUAUUAUUGACCAGAGAAUAAUACGGAGUAGCUAGUUUUUUCAUACACAUGCAUUAUGCAAGUCUCCAAAUUUCUCUUUAUGUGUGUGUUUGUCUGUUUGAAAGAGAUAGACUGAUAGAGAGACCGCUUCUCUACAUUCUUCUCAUUCCACCACCCAGCUUCAUUUCUCAUGUGUACCUGAACUAGCUGAGCUUCCCAUUCUCUCUUUCACAGUUGCAAAUUCAUGGACCAUCCAACAAUUUACCGCACUUCUCCGUGAGUGCCUUUGCAGUAAUACAGUAACUCCUUGGUCUGUUCCGAGAUCAUACAUUUUCGCGGCAUCAGUGAUUGCGGUGGGGACAUGAAGCAUGCCUCUUACUUGUUUGAAAAAAUUCCUGAACCAAACGUAGCUGUUUGGAAUACGAUGAUCAAGAGUUUUUCAGAAGCAGGGAGUCCUAGAAACGCGGUUUCUUUGUAUUUGGAGAUGUUGAGGAACAAUGUGAAACCGGAUGACUACACGUACCCCUUCUUGCUUAAGGGGUUUACACGUAAAAUUCCAAUGACGUUGGGGAAAGGAUUGCAUUCUCACGUGUGUAAAUUUGGGUUCAACUCCAAUGAAUUUGUCAAUCAUUCUUUGAUACACAUUUAUUUCAUGUGGGGGAAUGUUCAUAUGGCUCGUAGCUUAUUUGAUCAUGGUGCCAACACCAAUGUGAUGAUUUGGAAUGUCAUGGUCUCUGGGCUCAAUAAAUACAAAAUGUUUAAGGAAUCAAGGAGACUCUUUUAUGAAAUGGAUGAGAAAGGAAUAAUGCCCACUGCAGUUACUUUGGUUUCAUCCCUAUCUGCUUUUUCCAAGCUGAACGAUUUAGACUCUGGAAAACGUGUACACCAGUAUGUAAAAGACCUUAAGGUUGAAUCUAAUUUAAUUCUUGAUAAUGCUUUGAUGAAUAUGUAUGCAUGUUGUGGAGAGAUAGAUUCUGCUAUCAAGAUAUUUCUCACAAUGAAGCAAAGAGAUGUUAUAUCAUGGACCACAAUCGUCACAGGUUUCAUCAGUUCUGGAGAUAUGGAUUUAGCAAGAAAGUAUUUUGACAAGAUGCCAGAGAGGGACUCUGUUUCAUGGACAGCAAUGAUCGACGGCUACAUCAAAGAAAACCGAUUUAAGGAUGUUUUGAUCCUCUUACGUGGAAUGCAAACAGAAAAUUUGAAACCGGAUGAGUUCACCAUAGUUAGCGUUAUCACUGCAUGCUCCCAUGUCGGGGCACUUGAGCUUGGAGAAUGGGUGAGGAACCACCUCGACAAGAACACGAUAAAAUUUGAUCUUCAUAUUGGCAACGCUUUGAUAGACAUGUAUUUCAAAUGUGGUGACGUGGAAAAGGGAGUUGAUAUGUUUAAUCGUUUGUCCAGAAGGGACAAGUUCACUUGGACGGCCAUGAUUGUUGGCCUUGCUGUCAACGGACAUGGACUAGAAGCUCUAGACAUCUUCUCCCAAAUGCUGAAAUCAUCAGAAAAACCUGAUGAUGUCACCUUUGUCGGCGUCCUUUCCGCUUGCGCUCAUACCGGUAUGGUGGAGGAAGGAAGGAAUUUCUUCAACAAAAUGAAAUCACUGUUUGGAAUUGAGCCUAAUAUCACACACUAUGGCUGCUUGGUUGAUCUUCUCGGACGGGCUGGGCAGUUGACUGAAGCUCUUAAGGUUAUAAAGUGCAUGCCUUUGAAUCCGAAUCCAGUAGUAUGGGGAGCUCUCCUUGCUGCUUGCAGGGUUCACAAGGAUGCAGAAAUGGCAGAAAUGGCAGCUGGGCAACUUCUUGAGAUAGGAGCAGAAAAAGGAUCUGUAUAUAUUCUGCUGUGCGACGUAUAUGCAGCCUGCGAGAAAUGGGAAAGUCUGCGCUGGAUAAGAAGAAGAAUGAGGGACGAGGGGAUCACGAAAACAGCCGGGUGUAGUAGCCUGGUGCGUGGCUGAUUGAGGAGUGCGGCGAUUUCAUCAUUCAUAUAUACAUGAGUUUAGUGGUGCACACGCACCUUCAGUCCGGUUCCAAGAUGGACGGUUGACCAGAACAAACUUGCACAUCAAGUCUUCUGGCUUGGUCUGGCGUGUGGCCUGAGAGGCUGAGAUUAAAAUCAAUUCAACGACUUGAGGUUUCAUCUAAAAGGUUAACGUGUGAGGAGGAAUAUCUCAUAAAUUUAUAUUUUAAUUCGAUAUCUUUUAUACUUUUUUGUGUUGGAUAGAUACUUGAACAAAACGCACCAUGUAAGCUAAAGAGUGUAUAAGCAAUCAUGACAAUCAGAUA